AUGGCGUUUUGGGUGGUCGGCGGGGAGGCAAGGCCACUAUCCCAAGGCGAGGGCCACACCCUCAAUCCCGAUCCCUAUGUUGUGGGUGGCAAAAGGAGGAUUGGUCACGCCGGUGAGCGCGACAUCUACGACGGCAACUACCAGUACGCACACGACGAAAUGCCCUUCCAGAAAAGGGCCCGUCUAUCACAUUUCACCUCCGACACGGAUUUCACUUGUCCGCCGCGGGGAUCGAUCCCCGUUCAGAACCUGUCAUUUUUGGUGAUCCGAGAGCAAACAUCGCCAACGCCCGAGCCGGCUGAUGCCGAUGUCACCUCAUCGCAAAUGGAGCGCACCGCCUCUGGCCUGUCCAUCUCAUCCGACACAGACAUUUACAGCGCUGCUAGCCAGCAUGAUUUGAGACUUCUAGAUGACGAUGUCGCGGCUAGGCUUGUCGAAACCCGGCUGCAGCUUGGCCGGCGUCGCACCAAAGACUCUCAGCAUGAACGAAUUCUGAGAUCACUUAUUCGACCGCGAUCUCGGCAUGCCGAAUUCUCCAUCGACAACGCUGCUCUGGAGAGCAUUUUCUCCGCCGCAAAUGAGAUUUUUUUCCACAACAGUCUCUCACAGCGUGUCACUUGGGAUUGGUCUCACCCUUCCAGCGCCCAGUACAACCGCAACAUUAUCGGCACCACUGCCCUUCGACGCUCUAAGAUGGGAGGCUUCGAGACACUCAUUGUCCUAUCGGACCCAAUUUUGAAAAAUAACACGUAUAAUCGACGACUUCUUAUCUCCACCUUCUUGCACGAGCUUAUACACAGCUAUCUUUUUAUCAAAUGCGGCGUCAAGGCUCGUCAAUGUGGCGGACACACCGCUGGCUUUCGCCGGAUUGCGGAGCUCAUAGAUCUGUGGGCUGGACCGGAUAACCUACACCUACGGAACAUGGAGGCGGAUUUGGAAGACUUUCGGGAGGGUGAAGACCACGUUCGCGAAGGCGAGUCGCAUCAUGCGGGUGCACCCUGUCGACACAGCUUUCCCGCCGUCCAAGAGCAUCUCAGUCCCCGCCACCACACAUAUCACGACAACCAGACUUACGAGAGAUCACGAUAUAGAUCUCAGGAGCAGUGGGAUUAUUACAUCAAUGACCCUCGUGAAUUCUUCCCAACUAGCAGAGAGAGCAGUCCCAUAUCCACGACCAUGACGACUGAUGAGGACUACGACGAUGUGGAUCCACUGGAGGAAGGCGAGAUUCGCGAGAUGCGUGGCCGGCUCUUCCUCCCUGGCACUUAUGUUUCCAGCAGGCAAUCGUCUGCCCACGAACGAAACUUUUAUGACUCAUACGACGGGCAAUGGGCCCGCACCGAUGACCGAGGGGGAAUCGUCGUCUUCAGCUACGACAGCACCCCACAUCAGGCCAUCCCGUCAUACGUUAGGGGAUGCCGAAAUGCAUCUCCCACAUGUGUAUAG